AUGCGGAAGGCGUCAGGCUCAGAGGGCCUGCCUACAACAGACGGUCUACCGUCCCACCCUGUUUGGAUGCCGUUAGCGAGCCUGGCAUGGGAAGGCAAGGUUCGACAGAGAGGUGUCGGCUCCUCAUCGACCCCGCAGCAUCGCUCCUCCUCUCAGCGUCUCUCUUCCUCUCAGCGUCUCUCCUCCUCUCAGCGUCUCUCCUCCUCUCAGGUCUCUCCUCCUCUCAGCGUCUCUCCUCCUCUCAGCGUCUCUCCUCCUCUCAGGUCUCUACUCCUCUCAGCAUCUCUCCUCCUCUCAGGUCUCUCCUCCUCUCAGCGUCUCUCCUCCUCUCAGGUCUCUCCUCCUCUCAGCAUGGCCGCUGCCGUGAGCAAGGAAGGGCUCGUCAUCCCCCUCAUCGACUACGCCAAGUUCGUCGACGGCACGCCCUCGGAGCGGGCCGCCACGGCCGACAGCAUCCUCAAGGGAUUCCAGACGGCCGGCUUCAUCUACCUCAAGAACCACUCGAUCCCGGCCGACGUGCUCGCCCACACCUUUGCCCGUUCCGCCGACUUCUUUGACCAGCCGCUCGACGACAAGCUCAAGCUCGGAUGGACGACGGCCGCCGCCAACCGCGGCUACUCCUCGCCGGGACGCGAAAAGGUGACGCAGCUCAAGGACGGCAAGGACGUCGACAACCUCCGCAACGCCGCGCCGGACCUCAAGGAGAGCUACGAGAUGGGCCGCGACUCGAACGCUCAGUUUGCGAACCCGUGGCCUGGCGAGGAGGGCAAGCUGAAGGGCUUCCGUGCCGAUAUGAAGGACUUCUUCGAUCGGUGCAAGAGCAUGCACCAGGAGGUCAUGAGGGCCAUCGGCUUGGGCAUGGGGCUCGGCGAGGACUUUUUCAACACCUUCGUUGACGUCGGCGACAACACGCUGCGGCUGCUGCACUAUCCUGCCGUCAAGGCCGACGUCUUCCGCAUCAACCCCGGCCAGGUCCGAGCGGGAGAGCACAGUGACUAUGGCUCCAUCACUCUUCUGUUCCAGGACAGCAGGGGCGGUCUCCAAGUCAAAAGUCCGACGGGCCAUUUCGUCGAUGCCACGCCCAUCGAGGGUACUGUCGUCGUCAACGCCGGCGACUUGCUCGCCCGAUGGAGCAACGACACCAUCAAGAGCACCGUCCACCGAGUCGUGGAGCCCCCGCAGAAGGAGGGGGUCGAAUACCCGCCCCGAUACAGCAUCGCGUACUUCUGCAACCCAAACUUUGCCUGCCAUAUUGAGACCCUUCCGGGCACGUAUGCGUCGGAAGCGGAGAAAAAGUAUGAAGGCAUCAACAGUGGCCAGUAUCUCAUCCAGAGGUUGACGGCAACGUAUUGA